CUGAGAAGAGUUCAUAUUCAGGUGUUACUAUCUUUCUGAGACUGCUCAGUGGUUUCCUGUUGGUUGGACUCAUCAUCAUUGUUGUCUUCCAUGGUUACUCAGCUGCAAAGCUCUCUCCCGUCAACGACAAUGUGACCAUGUUACUCCAGACCAGCAACGACAAACUGUCUUCCAUGACUGAAGAGAGAGACCUGCUGAAAGCCAGCCUGACUAAGAUGACCGAGGAGAGAGACCUGCUGAAAGCCAACCUGACUAAAAUGACUAAAGACAUGGAAAGUAGUCAGAAUGUGCCUAAACAGAAGAAAACAUGUCCUGACGGAUGGAAAAUGUUCAGUUGUACCUGUCAUUUCCUCUCUGAAGCAUCUGGUUCCUGGGAUGAAGGCAGACAGGACUGUAGAAACAGAGGAGCAGACCUGGUGGUGAUAGACAGCCCUGAAGAACAGACGUCACUCUCUGGCUUCAUCAAGAAAGAUACUUGGAUUGGUUUGAAUGACAAAGAAAAGGAAGGGACCUGGAAAUGGAUUGAUGGGACUCCAGUGACUCUGAAGUACUGGGGCCCAAAUCAACCUGAUAAUGGAGGUACAAGUGGCAGGUGGGGGGAAGAAGACUGUGCACACAUCUCAACUGGCAGCAACUCUCCUUGGAACGAUGUUUCAUGUUCAAAAUCUCUGCCAUGGAUGUGUGAAGAAAUACUGUAACAUUGUUACAUUUGUAAAUGUUUUACAAAUUCAGCUAUUGAAUGAUUCAUAUUUUACUUUUCAGCUUCAGUAUUAGUAUUCAGUAUAGCCAUGUGUGACUGCGAAAUGCAACUUUUUGUAAAUACAUAACAAAUGACUGAGAAGACGUCUCUCAAAAAGACAAACUUCACA